AUGUAUAAGCUGGUCUCCUGCUGUUUGCUUUUCAUAGGAUGCUUAAAUCCUCUCUGGUCUCUUCCUGUCCUUGACUCCAGGGAAGAACCCCUGCAGCUCUCAGCACCUGAAGAUGUCAGAUCAACUUUGGAUGAGCUGGAAAGAGCUUCCCUUCUGCAGAUGCUGCCAGAGAUGUCAGGUGCAGAGACAGGAGAUGGUCUUAGGAAAGCAGAUGCCGGUACCAACAUUUUUUACCCAAGAGGAAGUGUGAGAAAAUUUCAGGCUUUCUCAGGACAAGAUCCUAACAUUUUACUGAGUCACCUUUUAGCCAGAAUCAGGAAACCAUACAAGAAACGUGGAACUCCCUCUGAAUGCUUCUGGAAAUACUGUGUCUGA